AUGAAGUUUUCACUCCUCGCUUUCGCUGUUGCCUCGGCUUCCGUGGUCUCUGCCACCAACCCCAAGGCUAACGAGUACAAGGAUGGUAACUGCAAAACCUACAACUACGGCCACGCCCGCUCCAACCUCGGCGUGGUAACCAUGGACGACACCAGCCACUCGGUCUACAUCACCAACUCCGGGCCCAAAUGGUACGCCUACACGGGGAAAGUGGGACGCACCGACAACGGAGGCGCGUGCGUGGGCGAGAACCUGGGCACGCUGCCUAACGGGUGCAAUAACCUGGACAAAAAAGUUCCCCGGGAAGAGGAUCAGGUGUGUGAGGAGGGGGCAGAGUGGUGCUAA